CCUGCUUGACACAUGCCUGCACGCCUCGGCGACUGUGCGUGAGUCAGCCCUCGAACUUUUGGCGGCGGGGUGACUCUAACACCCCACACGUCUUUUGUACCUGCAGCGUCACUCGGCGGACAUACGCCAAUACCGUCCCACAGGCGAAGCCAGAAAUAGCGCCUUCUAUCCAGCAAGGACCAAUAUAGAUCCAGAGGCACGAUCCCGCGCUCAUAUCGCGACGACCACCGCAUAUACGCACGAUGCCUCACGCGACGAGUCUGCCCGCGCCGGGCUUCCAGGCCCUCAUUCUGUGCGGACCUGGUGCUUCCUUUAGUACCUUCACAUCCACGCCCAAGGAGAUACCAAAGGCCCUGUUGCCCAUUGCUAAUAGGCCUAUGGUCUGGUAUCCCCUGGAAUGGUGCUAUCGCAUGGGCGUCACAGACAUCACAGUAGUGACACCACCAGAGUCAUUAGAAGCCAUUGAGGCUGCCAUGUCGCAGAACCCACACCUAACAACCCUCCCUUCGCCGAAGCCAGACAUCCUUGCACCGAAAGACCUUUCACACCAGACAAGUACGGGCGACCUCUUCCGGCUACCUGAGCUACAAAAUGUUAUCAAGGGCGACUUCAUAGUAUUGCCAUGCGAUCUCGUGUGCGAACUGGAUGGCACAGCCUUGGCAGACGCAUGGAUGGUAGAACAGGGCGGGUUCGCAGGAGCUAGUGGUGGACUAGAUCACAACGGCAGCAAGAUUGCUUUCGGCGCUGGCGGAGAGAAGCUCGGAAGAAGAGGUGGGAUGGGCGUAUGGUACCAGACCAAAGGAGAAGGCAGCAGGAAGAAGGAGGAGACGGAUUUCAUUGCGACAACACCGCUACCUACGCCCAUCGUCCCAGUUCCGACAGACUCGCUGCGCCGCAACAUCUCGAAACUGGUCUACUCCGUACCCACAGACACGCUGAACGACAUCACAGAAGAGAACAAGACAUUCCCACUGCGGCAUUCACUCAUUCGUCAGCAUGCGCGGAUAAGGAUGCUUACGACCCACCGCGAUGCCCACAUUUACUUCUUCCCAUACUGGGUUAUUGAGAUGAUCAAGAAGAACGAAAAAUUCGAGAGUAUUAGUGAGGAGGUCUUGGGAUGGUGGGCGAAAGCAGGCUGGCAAAACGGUCUAGGAGACAAGUUGGGCCUGCGGCAAAUACUUCAGGGCGAGGAUGAGGAGUCGGAUCACGGGUCGCAAGUUGUCGAGGAAGAGAUCGAUGUAUCCAAAUUCAGCACCACAUACUCAGGCGGUAACACAGAAUCCGACUUGAAGGCCCCCACAACACUCGCUUCGCGAGUCACAAAAUCCUCCAGCAUACCCGAAUCCGCAAAAUCACUCACCGCAAACUCGAAACUUACGGUACCACCGAUUCUUGCUUACGUCCAACCGUCGGGACCAGCCGAACCCCUUAUUCGCCGUGUAGACGACUCACAUCUUCUGCUUACCGUUUCACUCCGCCUGGCUAAGCUGCAGUCGAUUGAGGAAGUCGGCAAAGAAGCAGCAUCACCAUUCGCCCAUCAGUCGAAGAUCGUCCACAAGGAGUCCAUUCCCCGAAAAUGCCGCGUAGAAGCCGAGAACUCACUCUUAGCGGACAACGUCAUCGUAGAAGAGAAGACGAACAUCAAGGAAAGCGUCAUCGGUCCGAACUGCAAGAUUAGCGAGGGCGCGAGGCUAUUGCGAUGUCUGUUGAUGGACGGAGUCGAAAUUGGACCAAACGUACAACUCACAGACUGCAUACUGGGCCGGAGAUGUAAAAUGGAGGGCGGCGAUGCUAAAGACGGCGACAAGACUGUUCUUAAGGACUGCGAGGUUCAAGAUGGACAGGUUGUGGAGUGGGGUACUGAAGCGAAGAACGAGAAGUUUAUGCGCUUUGAUGUCGGCGAUGACGUUGGUAGUGAAGGCUUUGGUGGAGACGAGAUGGACACUCUGGACGAUGGUGGGGAUGAAGGUAUCCCGUUGCGGUAGUCAUUGGCCCAUGACAAGAAACGACGAAUCGUUUGCUCGCAUAGGAUUCUCGUCGAUCUCGCUACAAAAGUGCAAAAUGCGAGAGAUCCAUGGCCACUACGCUCAGUACUUUACUUGUCACACUUUGCCCAACUCGCGAUCACCUCGAGGUCCGUUUGCUACCUAGGUAACACAGGAGCUUGGCGUUACGAUUACCUGCGUCCUGUUAUCUUGCGUUCUUGUUUCGCCUUCACAUCAAGAUCUCUCACUUGCUCAGUCUUUUUGCGGGUCCAGCAUCUGCAUCAGUAUCUCUUAUUCCCUACCUCUCACCACCUCUGCAGUAUAUCCUAUAUGCAGAACGAACGCGAUGACAGCUAUACCAUCACGGCACUUUUGCGGCGACUACAAGCAAGUAACCACUU